CUGACAUCUAUUCUAAAACUUCACACAAGUGCAUUGACCUCUGUGCUGCUGAGUUUAUCUCAAACAAUGAUGAAUGCAAAUGGCUGCAAAAUGAAUGGGGGACACACCUAUGAGUCUAACUACAUUGAGGAAAGCACUAAAGAUAACAGAAUUUCUUUGAUAUUUUCCCUCAAAGAAGAAGUUGGAGCAUUGGCCAAGGUCCUGCGCAUAUUUGAGGAAAGAGAUGUUAGCCUCACCCACAUAGAGUCUAGACCAUCCCGUCUCAACAAAGAUGAGUACCAGUUCUUCAUCAAUUUGGAUAACAAGAGCACCCCUGCUCUGGAUGAGAUUGUGAGAAGCUUGAGGCGCGACAUUGGGGCAACUGUGCAUGAGCUGUCCCGAGAGAAAAAAAAGGACUCUGUCCCCUGGUUUCCAAGGACAAUUCAGGAGCUGGACAAGUUUGCAAAUCAAAUCCUGAGUUAUGGAGCUGAACUUGAUGCUGAUCAUCCUGGAUUCAUUGAUCCUGUUUAUCGGGCCAGGCGUAAAGAGUUUGCAGACAUUGCAUUCAAUUAUAAACAUGGCCAGCCUAUACCACGUGUUACCUACACAGAGGAGGAAAAGAGGACUUGGGGCACCGUGUUCAGAGAGCUGAAAUCUCUGUAUCCAACCCAUGCUUGCUAUGAACAUAACCACAUCUUUCCGCUGUUGGAAGAGUAUUGUGGAUAUAAUGAAAAUAACAUCCCUCAGCUUGAAGAUGUGUCCAAUUUUCUGCAAACCUGCACUGGAUUCCGUUUACGCCCUGUCGCUGGUUUGCUGUCCUCGCGAGAUUUUUUGGCAGGCUUGGCAUUCCGGGUUUUUCAUUCAACUCAGUAUAUACGACAUUCUUCAAAACCAAUGUAUACUCCUGAACCUGAUAUCUGCCAUGAGCUUCUAGGACACGCCCCACUCUUUGCUGACCCAAGUUUUGCUCAGUUUUCACAAGAGCUUGGAUUGGCUUCACUUGGUGCUCCUGAUGAAUACAUUGAAAUGUUGGCUACGUUGUACUGGUUUACUGCUGAAUUUGGGCUCUGCAAGGAGGGUGACAAAGUAAAGGCUUAUGGAGCUGGGCUGCUGUCAUCAUUUGGGGAAUUACAGUAUUGCUUGACAGAUAAACCACAAUUGAGUACCUUUGAACCAUCGAAGACUGCCCUGCAGAAAUACCCAAUUACCGAGUUCCAGCCAAUAUAUUUUAUUGCUGAAAGUUUUAAAGAUGCAAAGGACAAAAUGAGGAAAUUUGCUGGCACAAUUCCUCGGCCUUUCUCAGUGCGUUACAAUCCAUAUACACAGAGUAUUGAGGUUCUAGAUAAUGUAGAACAGCUGAAGAAUCUCGCUGACUGCAUUUCCAGUGAAAUUGGGAUCCUCUGCAGCGCCCUUAGGAAGCUUGAGUGAAUACAUCCAUGAAACCAUGAACUGACUGUUGUUAGGCUACAUAUACAGACCAAGUUACUUCAUGCAAUUUACGUUUUAAAAGAAUAUCAAGUUAAAAUGAAAUGUCUGAAAAUGUACAAAUUAUUGCCACUAAAGCUAAAAAUUUAGUCGAAGGAGCUAAAAUCAAUAUAAUACUUAACCCAAACUAUUUGCUGUGCUAAUCAAAAUGUGUGGACUUUUUGCACAGACUGACAUCACACAAUGCUGUUUUUUUAAGCAUAUAGGCCCAGAUUUAUUAAGCCUUGGAGAGGGAUAAAUUGCACAGUGAUAAAGUACCAACCAAACAGCUCCUGUCAUUUUUAAACACAGCCUGUAACAUGGCAGUUAGGAGCUGAUUGGUUGUUACUUUAUCACCAUGCAAUUUAUCACUCUCCAAGGCUUGAUAAAUCUGGGCCAUAGUUCCAUACUGUAUGCAAUAGCCUGCGAGUUGCAGGAACCAGUUCUAGUCUGGUAAUUUAGCCCAAAAAUGUAAAGUAGAAAUAACCUUUAAAGGCAAAACCAGGUUAGUUUUGCCUUUUGAAUUAUUUCUGCUCUAAAUGUACAGGCUAAAUAGUCAAAAUCCCGAUGUUUCCUGCAAAGGCUAUUCCAUAUGGGCCAAGGUCUCAGUAAAGUUCACAUUCACAAUAAAAAAUUCAAGUCAUUUGCAAUAAUGUUAGCUCAAUAGCUUGACAUAAAUGAGGAUAGCUUUUUUUUUUUUUUUAACCAAGACUGUUAGUAAAGGAUCCCAAACCUUAAAUAAAAGUAUUUCCAUACAUAAAAAGGCAGAAAAGUUCAUUAUUAUAUAUUAUAUUAGUGUAAUUUGUUCCGAACAAAAAAUACAUAUUUAGCUUUGUUGUAAUAUUUAAAAAAAAAUUCUUAUUAAGAAAAUUGUAGUCUGCUGCCAUAUCUCAGUGACCGCCUACCUGCUAGCAGUAAGUAUACUGCACCAUUAGGGUAUAAUAAAGCAGCAUUUAUUACAUGGAACAAAUAAAGAGCAUGAGCCAAGAACCAUUUUCUUUGCUUACCGUGCAUAUAUUAUAGAACAAUAUGGCCCACAGAGAUCGUAUUGAGUUAGACAUAAUUGGGGGCUUUUUGUUUAACAGUAUUUCAUAUUAUCAAGUAAAACAUGUACUAAGCAAUCUGUGUAAAAAUAAAUAAAUAUGUGUUGCCAUGUAAAAGCUGUUGUAGAAAUGUACAAAUGAUGGGCCAAGCUUACACUCGUGUUAUAACUACUUCAUGUUAAACAUUAAACAUUAUUAUACAUUG